AUGAUCGAUGUGAUGAUGACAGAUACAAUUGAAUCAGGAGAGAUAUCAUAUAUUGAUGCAUGGUUUGCCAAUUCAAAAUCUGGAUCAGUUCAAGAUAUAAAUGAAUUGAUUCGUAUAAAGGCAGUACCAAUCGAUAGUCAAGAUCAUUUGGGUAAUGGUGCUAUUCACUAUGCUGCAACUGCUGGCCAUGCCAAUGUAGUUGAUGUUCUUGCCAAAGCAGGUGCCAACCUCAAUCUUGUCAACAAGGUUGGUGACUCUGCUCUUCACAAGGCUGCAGCUCGUGGUCGUUUGGAUUCUGUCAAAGUAUUGGUUGCCAACAAGGCUGACAUUGAAAUUAGAAAUAAAGAUGGUGAAAAGGCUAUAGAUUUGGCUAAAGAUUCUCAAAUUAAAGAUCAAUUAUUACCUGAAGAACAAUUUGAUGAUGAUGAAGAAGAAGAAGAAGAAAAAAAAGAUGAUUAUAAUAGUGAUGAUGAAGGUGAUGAUGAAUAA